CGGUGGCCUACAAAAGCACUAGAGCUCCAUCCAAAUUCCAAACCGGUAUCCCACAGCUCGCAGCCUCGCGCAGGCAUGGCGCCGGAGUCGGGCUCUGGCCCCUCGGAUCCCCUCCUCCCCGACGCCGGCGCGUCCCACCGCCGCCCCGCCACCGGCGGCUGGAGGUCCGCGCUGUUCAUAAUCUGGGUGGAGGCCGCGGAGCGGUUCGCGUACUACGGCAUCUCCGCGAAUCUGAUCAACUACCUGACCGGCCCGCUCGGGGAGACCACCGCCGCGGCGGCCGCGGCCGUGAACGCGUGGUCCGGCGCCGCGUCGAUGUUGCCGCUGCUCGGCGCCGCCGUCGCCGACUCCUGGCUUGGCCGGUACCGCACCAUUGUCGCCUCCUCCGUGCUCUACGUCACGGGGCUAGGCUUGCUGGCGCUCUCGUCCAUGUUCUCACCGCCUCAAAGCCAACAAUGCAGCUCCUCCGGCGACGGCCGGCGGGUUUGCCAGUCAUCCUCCGUGCAGACGGCCUUCUUCUACGUCUCCCUCUACUUAGUGGCCAUCGCGCAGAGCGGCCACAAGCCGUGCGUCCAGGCCUUCGGCGCCGACCAGUUCGACGUGAUGGACCCCGGCGAGUCGUCGUCGCGGAGCUCAUUCUUCAACUGGUGGUAUCUCGGCAUCUGCGCGAGCGGGACCGUCACGGUGGCGCUGAUGAGCUACGUGCAGGACAACGUCGGCUGGGGGGUCGGCUUCGGCGUGCCGUGCAUGGUGAUGCUGCUCGCGCUCGUCGUGUUCCUGCUCGGGACGCGGACGUACCGGUUCUACGACGGUGGUCCCGGCGGCGCUCAUGGCGAGGCCACCGGCACGUUCUCCGGCGUCGGCAAGGCCGUCACGGCAUGGAGGGAGAGCUGGCGAAGAGGCGGCGGCGGCGGGUCGGUAGAGGUAGAGCACGGCGAGUGCGCCGAGAGCGCCGUGCUCGCGGGGGAGGUGAGGGGCCUGGCGAGGCUGGUCCCGAUCUGGGCGGCGUGCCUGCUCUACGGCGUGGUGUUCGCGCAGCCGCCGACGCUGUUCACGAAGCAGGCGGCGACGCUGGACCGGAGGAUCGGGUCGUCGUCGUCGUCCUCGUUCCAGGUGCCCCCCGCGGCGCUGCAGAGCUUCCUCGGCGUCAGCAUCGUCCCCUGCGUCCUGCUCUACGACCGAGUCCUGGUGCCCGUGGCGCGCAGGGUCACCGGCGUCGCCUCGGGGAUCACCGCGUUACAGCGUAUAGGCACGGGCAUCGCCCUGUCCCUGGUGAUGCUGGUGGUCGCCGCGCUCGUCGAGACGAAGCGCCUGAGCACGGCGAGGGACGCCGGCGUGGUGGACGGCCCCGGCGCGGCGGUCCCGAUGAGCCUGUGGUGGAUCUUGCCGCAGUACCUGCUGCUCGGCGCGGCGGACGUGUUCGCCAUGGUCGGCAUGCAGGAGUUCUUCUACGACCAGGUGCCCGGCGCGCUCAAGAGCCUCGGCCUCGCGCUCUACCUGAGCGUCAUCGGCGUCGGCAGCUUCAUCAGCAGCUUCCUCAUCUCGGCCAUCGACGGCGUGACGAGGAGGAACGGCGGCACCAGCUGGAUCGCCGACGACCUCAACCGGGGCCAUCUCGACUACUUCUAUCUGCUUCUUGCCGCGCUCACCGUGCUGGAUCUUCUUGCUUACAUAUACUUCUCGACGUCGUACAUUUACCGAACAAAGGUUGUCAAUGUUCACUGAUUCAUUGAUCGAUGCACCGGUAUAGCUUUAUAAUAACCUGCUGAAUUCGAAAUCUCUCAACCUCUGGGAAUUAGUAACCGAGGUACUGAAUUCGGCAAGUUAUGAUACAUCUAGUUACAAGAUUACAAGGGUAUAAUGGUAAUUCCAAGGGAACAAUGUUGGUUCUUUUUUCGGUGCAAACUUUUCACAUCUAGAAUAGUGGUUGAUUAGAUUCGUGUCGGUAUAAUUUCAUCAGUUUUGAAACAUAUUAUUACAGUUCACAAAACUCAAUUCACACUAUAAAAACAAU